UGUUAUUACAAACCCAAAUAAACUUAACCUCAAAUGAAUCCCAAUGGAAAGUAAAAAAGAAAAACGUAAGUGGGUGGGAAGCAAGCAAAUUGCAAUGCGUUGUUGGUGGACUACUGGUGGAGCAGUUGGUUGCGUUGUACCAACAACUAGUGCGGGGUGUACACCACACCCACCCGCGCAUUCUAGCAUCACCCAUCCCCUAUCGUCAUCCCAUCAUCACCGUCCACCCAACCACCCCAACCCCACCCUACCCGGUGGCCCUCUUCUUUUAUCUCCUCCCCUCUUCCUCCCCCAUUCCUCCAUCCAUUUCACCUUCCUAUUCACCAUCUUCACAUCUCCAUGUCCACCACCGCCACCACCGCCGCCGCCGUCGACAAACCUCCCCGGCGAUUCCCUCCGCCGUGCUGGACACAAGACGAAGCCCUAGCUCUCAUCCAAUCCUACCGCGACCGAUGGUACGCCCUCCGCCGCGGCUACCUCCGCACCGCCGACUGGGACGCCGUUGCCGAAAACGUCGGCAGGUUAUGCCCCGGCGCUAUUCCGCCCAAAACCUCCGCUCAGUGCCGCCACAAGAUGGAGAAACUCCGUCAGCGUUACCGCGCUGAAAAACAACGCGCGCUUUCCUUCCCCGGCCCCAGGUUUCUCUCCACCUGGUUCUACUUUGAAGCUAUGGAUUCCAUGGAACGUAACGGUACUGGAUCUGACAGAUCUGACGGUUUUACUGACAGAUCUAACGGAUCUGACGGUUUUAUUCACGGUGAAGAAACAAACGCCGGAUCUGUAACUAAUACGGUUACAGAUCCAGUUUAUGCCGGUUUGAAUCCCGGACGUGGUAUCCGGUUCAAACCGGCACCGGGACCACCGGUUGCGGUUGCAACCGGUGGCCAGUUGGUGACGGUUGCAUCUAGGGCUAAUAAUGUUAGGGUUUCACAUGGUUAUCCUGCACAAGAGGAAGAUAAUGAUGAUGAAUUUGAAUUUGAAAAUCAGUAUUAUUCAGGAAAAAUGCAUAGAUUAUCCUCACAAGAUGUAGGGAAUUAUCAGAGUUAUCAGAACAUAGAGCAGCAUUCAGGGAUUAGACCUAGAAAAAUUAGUAAAGUUGGAUUGAAUUUUAACCAUAAUCAUGGACCUCAUGGUUACUGGAAUGAAAAUGGUGAUGAUGAUGAUGAUGUUGGGGAAGAUGAUGAUGAUGUUUAUAAUGAGCGGAUUAAUAACAGGGGCUUAGGGCGAGAAGGAGAGUUUUCGAGAGGGGUGAAGAGAGAUAAGGAUGAUUCGAUAGGGCAAAUAGUGGCGUCGAUUAAGCUUUUGGCGGACGGGUUUGUGAAGAUGGAGAGGAUGAAGAUGGAUAUGGUUCAUGAGAUUGAGAAGUCGCGAAUGGAAGCUGAGAUGAGACGGAAUAAGAUGUUGCUGGAGUCGCAGAAGCAGAUAGUUGAGGCGUUUGUUAAAGGGUUAGCGGAGAGUAAAAGGUAACGGCAGUGAAUACAUACUCUGUAAGAAUAAUGGGAUUUUUUUAAGGUUUGUUUUCAUUGAAUGUUAUAAAUUUUCUAUUGAUAUAGAGAAGUUACUGUGCUUGUUGAUGUUAGUAGUUUCAUUUCAUGAUGUUACUGUUCU